AUGGCCAAAUCGAGCUCCGACAUCUUCGUGAGCAUCAAACCAGACCACAUGAGCAACAUCGCCUCCGGUGCCAAGAACCAUGAAUAUCGGGGCUACCUUCUCCCAUCGAGCGUGCGCCGCAUCUGGUUCUAUACCACGACUCCCGUCAAGCGCCUUGAAUACAUCGCUCGCAUCUCUCCGGGGAAAAUUCCUGGACAAGUCCCAGAAGAUGGCGGUAUCGGCAAUGCUGACUUCAACGCGGGCCAGAAGCAAUCCAAAUACGGCUACGAGAUUCUGCAGCUGUGGCGGUUGCGGCAGUCGAUCAGCUUAGAGCAGGCCAUCACGACAGGGGUUUUGAAAGGGGCCCCCCAAAAAUAUUGCUGGGUAUCGUGCAGUCUUCUGCAGAGUUGCCCAGUGGAUCAGCAGGAGCUCCUGAUUUCCAAAUUAUCUGAGGAGCAACCUCCUGGCACUCUUACGGCUAUCUAG